UGAUGAAUGUGACAAGUACUGUAGCAUCGAGAUUGGAAGAAAAGGUGUAGCCUUAAAGGUGGGGAACUAGCCAAGACACAGCCGAAUCCAGACGGAAUUCUCGACGAAUUGCCCCACCAGGUCCCGCCAUCAUCAUCGAAGUUCGAUCUCGAUUCUGGAUGCGCCCCAUCCAACCGCCAGAAGCUCCAUCCCAUUUCAACGCGACCAAGUUCAAGCUAGUCAUCGUGAAGUCUAGACAAUCAUAAUGGACUCGGUUUUGGCGGCAGCUACGAGCCCGGAAGGGCAAACAGAGAAGCCCGUUGUCGUCGUCUGCGUCGGCAUGGCUGGCUCCGGCAAAACGACCUUCAUGCAGCGAAUAAACGCCCAUCUGCACGGGAAGAAAGAGCCUCCCUAUGUCAUCAACCUCGAUCCAGCUGUCACCCACUCGCCAUUUGCGAGCAACAUCGACAUUCGCGAUUCGGUCAACUACAAGAAGGUGAUGGAGGAGUACAACCUCGGACCCAACGGCGCCAUCAUGACAUCGCUCAACCUCUUCACCACAAAGGUAGAUCAAGUCCUUGGCCUUCUCGAAAAGCGCGCAGCACCAGACCCGGAGCACCCGACACGCAAGCCGGUCAAGCACAUCCUCGUCGACACCCCCGGACAGAUAGAGGUCUUCGUAUGGUCUGCAUCCGGAAGCAUUUUGCUCGAUUCGCUCGCCUCGUCGUUCCCCACGAUAAUCGCCUAUGUUGUCGACACGCCGCGCACCAGCUCCACAUCGACCUUCAUGAGCAACAUGCUUUACGCCUGCAGCAUCCUCUAUAAGACGAGGCUACCGAUGAUUGUGGUGUUCAACAAGACAGACGCCAAGGACGCAUCGUUCGCCAAGGAGUGGAUGACCGACUGGGAGGCGUUCCAGGCGGCCUUGAACAAUGACGAGAAUAACAAUUCUUUUGGCGGCCAGGAAGGCGAGGGGUCUGGCAGCGGGUACAUGGGCAGCUUACUCAACAGCAUGAGCCUCAUGUUGGAAGAGUUCUACAACCAUCUCAGCGUCGUCAGCGUAAGCUCGCUUCACGGCACGGGGAUCGACGACUUCUUUGAGGCAGUUAAGGAGAAGGCGGAGGAGUUCAAGCGGGAUUACCAACCGGAACUGGACCGGCGCCGCGCUGAGCGGGAAGAGAACAAGAAGAAACAGAGGGAAAAGGAACUGGAGAAGAUGAUGAAGGGUAUGUCGAUGGAUACCACGGCCUCGACGAGCGCGGUUGGGAACAUCAAACCAGAGGAUGAAGACAUGGAGGUUCUCAGCACGGAUGAAGAGAGUGAGGACGAGUUAGACGACGAGCAGGACAAGGAGGGACUCCAGGCGAGGUAUGAAGCUGCAAUGUUGCACCAGGACGAGUCGACCACCGAGGAUGCGAGUUUUGUAAAGUAUCUGCACUCGCAGCGCGGAUAGGAGUCGGGCGGAAAUUGGGCCUUGGUCCCAGAGACAUGAGACCGUAGCGACAUCAGCAUUAUCGGCGUUUGGAUGAUACCACGUUUAGGUAGACUAGCAGAAGGCAAAAAUCAUUGCAUUAGCUUCAG